CCGAGCGCCCACCCCGACGGCGCUCUAUGAGCGACGGAAGGCCUUAGCCGACGCCUCCUAUGGAUAUCCACCACACUCGGGGCCGCAGUGCCGACACGCACGUAAGGAUGGGUAACGAAACCCACCAGCAGAGGCAAGAGGCGCACGACAGCCUGCGAGAAGAAGGCUCGUGCAGCGCGGCCGCAAUCAUCAUAUGACACGGCGACCAGGCCAUCGCGCGUUCCGCGGGCCAGGAGCGCGGCGGUACUGUGACCGCGCUGCGCCUCGCGACGACGGGGGCCAUCUCCCCAUGACCCGGGCGGAAUGAACACCUGGGGCUGGGUAUGGAUUGUGUAUUUCCGUGAUGCGUGCUCUGGGUCCGCGCGGGAUCCCAUGGCAUGCAUAUUGGGUCCUGGGCGACAUUUGCCAGGCGUACAAAAGGAGAGGGGGGCGGCCUGUCGUAGGCAUCGUAGUCGAGCACCUCCAGUGGUAGAGCAAGUAGAACUUGACCGUAGAGGUAGAAGUAUCAUAGAACGACAUGUCGCUCGCCACGAACUUGAAGAGCCUCCGACUCGGCGCCUGCUUCCGCACCGCGGCGUCGCUCCCGCGCGCACGGUUCUCCACCGCACGAGCGCUGUGCGCGGACUUGGACGCGUCGCCGCUCCAGCCGAGCAAGCAGAAGAGCAAGACGGGCACGCUCCCGCCGUACGGCCCCGUCGGCGUCGCGGCCGCGCUCGAGGCCCUGCCCGACCAACCGACGAAGGCCACGCUCUCUCGCACGAGUUCGCGCUGACGGACCGCGUCGCGCUCGUCUCGGGUGCGAACCGCGGGUUGGGCCUCGAGAUGGCGAGCGCUCUCGCGGAGGCGGGCGCACGCGCGGUGUACUGCGUCGACCUGCCCAAGGAGCCCGGGCCGGAGUGGGCGAAGGUGCAGGAGUACCUGGCAGGAUGACGGGCCUGCAGAGCGAGGCGCGCUUGGAGUACGUCUCUGCGGACGUGACGGAUCAGGAGGCGAUCUGGAAGGUGGGCGAGAUGAUUGGCGAUCGGGAGGGGCGGAUGGACGCGUGCAUCGCUGCUGCUGGUAUCCUCAGGCCGCAUACGGACUGUCUGCAGUAUCCGGCGAAGCAGUUCCAGGAGGUGAGCUUGAUCUGUACAGAGCAAUCACCGUCCGCCAAGAUCUGACGCGGUAUUAGGUUAUGAACGUGAACGUAAACGGCGUGCUGUUCACGGCGCAGGCGGCUGGAAGGCAGAUGCGACGGUUCGGCAAC